AUGAAGUUCACAUACGUUGUUCCUGGAUGGGAAGGAUCAGCUAAUGAUGCACGGAUUCUUCUAGAAUGUGCCACAAACCCAGAUUAUGGAUUUCCAAUGCCGCCCCAAGGCAAAAAAGAGCUCUUCAAUUAUCGACACUCUUCCUUGAGAAAUGUCAUUGAGCGGUGUUUCGGCGUGUUGAAGGCUCGCUUUCCAAUCCUAAAACAAAUGCCUUCAUAUGAUCUAAGAAUACAAAAGUACAUUGUCAUUGCUUGCUGCGGGAUUCACAAUUUUAUAAGGGCAAAUGCAAAAGCAGAUGUAUAUUUUGAUGGAGGUGAAGGAAAUUCUGAAGUACAGGCCACUACUUUACAAAGCACGGAUGGAACUUUGACUGAUAGUGUAGAGUUCAGUCUUUCUAGAACUCAUAUACGUGAAAUUGCUCAUGUUCGUGAUGAAAUUGCUGAUCAUAUAUGGAGAGCUAGUCGACGAUAG